CCGACUACACUACAACGCUUCUUGUAGGGGAGGCCCAGCGAAUCGAACCUGGGUUUGUCUUUACGUCAUUCGGGAACUGAAAUCAUUGUUUUACGAUGGAAGUGGGGUUUCAUUGAGAGUAGACUUUGAAGAAGCGAAGGUAGUCAUGGAGGAAUUUAUGCAGAGAGAAGGCGAUCAUGCACGGUUUUGAUUUUUUCAAGGAAGUUUAACUGGUGAAGGAUGUGGGUUUUGUCCUGCUUCAGCAUUAUAUUUGGGUGAGAUGAAUGACUUCGUAAAUCGGCAUUAUCUGGCAGCGAGUGACGGAAAUUGCUCUGCAAUUAGCUGUUCUUGCUAUCUUGAAAGGACACUAAGGUUAGGCUUUGCAAAUGUGGUCCAACUCGAACACAAAAUUUUAAGUGGGAGUACCAUUAACUUGAACUACUUUUGAGGAAGGCAUUGCAUUUCGAGACAUUUGCAGAAAAAUUGGAUGUACAGAAUUUAAAUUGUGGAAUUUGAGGCAGCAUGAACAUUUGGCAGAUUAACUUGAAGCCUGUUUAUCUUGAUUUAUCACGGGCUAUUGAACUUUAAGCCUGCACUUCUGUAGCAUAGAGGCGCAGGAAGCUCAGAAAAGGUGUAACAAUGGGGAAUCCUAAGAGACAGCUCAAGGCCAUGCUGCGCAAGAAUUGGCUGCUGAAAACUAGGCAUCCAUGGGUUACCUUAGUUGAGAUUAUGCUUCCAGCAUUUGUCAUGUUUAUGCUUAUUGCAGUGCGAACAAGAGUUGACACUAAGUUGCAUCCCACCCAAGCCUAUAUUCGGAAAGGCAUGUUUGUUGAAGUUGGUAAUAGCGACAUUUCGCCCAGUUUUGAAAGUCUUCUUAAAUUUUGGUUUGCUACUGGUGAACACUUGGCCUUUGCUCCAGACACUGAAGAGACUAAAACAAUGUUAAAUGUUUUGUCCAUGCGCUUUCCACUUUUACAGCUGGUUGCAAGGACAUUCAAGGAUGAACCUGAACUUGAAGCAUAUAUACGAUCAAGGGAGUAUGGAACUCAUGAUUCAAUCAGGAAUCUCACCCAUCCCAAAAUCAAAGGAGCAAUUAUAUUUCAUAAACAAGGGCCACAUAUAUAUGAUUACAGUAUCCGUCUUAAUCAUUCAUGGGCUCCCUCGGGCUUUCCGGAUGUGAAGACUAUCAUGGAUACAAAUGGACCAUAUCUAAAUGACUUAGAAUUAGGGGUUGAUAUCAGACCAACUUUACAGUAUGGAUUCAGUGGCUUCUUGACGUUACAGCAAGUUUUGGAUUCAUUUAUAAUAUUUGCUGCACAAUGGAAUGGAAGCUCUACUUUCUAUGACAAAACAGAAAAAGGAGAUGACUUAGAUUUUUAUCAAACCCAAAGUCGCUUGGAGAACAAUCAUACUGAAGAGAACCAUCCAAUGUUUGAUAUGCUUGAAGAGAACACUGAGCAGGAUUUUCCUUGGACAUUGUUUAGACCAUCAAAUAUCAGUUUUGCACCUUUUCCAACUCGUGAAUAUACAGAUGAUGAAUUCCAAUUAAUUGUCAAAAAAGUGAUGGGAGUAUUGUACCUGUUGGGCUUUCUUUAUCCAGUUUCACGGCUUAUCAGCUACUCUGUUUUCGAGAAGGAACAAAAGAUCAAGGAAGGGCUACACAUGAUGGGCUUAAAGGAUCAUAUAUUUUACUUGUCAUGGUUUAUUACAUAUGCACUCCAGUUUGCAGUUUCAGCAGUGAUUAUAACUAUCUGUACUAUGAACAGCAUUUUCCAGUACAGUGACAAAUCCGUGGUUUUUACAUAUUUCUUUAUAUUUGGGCUCAGUGCAAUCAUGCUGUCAUUUCUAAUUACUACAUUUUUCUCAAGAGCAAAAACCGCUGUCGCAGUGGGAACACUUUCUUUUCUUGGUGCCUUUUUCCCUUAUUAUACCGUCAUUGAUGAAACAAUUCCUAUGGCAGGGAAGGUGGCUGCUUCAUUGCUAUCACCAACAGCUUUUGCCCUUGGCAGUGUAAAUUUUGCUGAUUAUGAGCAUGCACAUGUUGGACUUAGGUGGAGCAAUAUUUGGAAGGCUUCAUCUGGCGUGAAUUUUUUAGUAUGCCUAUUAAUGAUGGUAUUUGAUAGUAUUGUUUAUUGUGCCAUUGGCUUAUACCUUGACAAGGUACUUCCUCAAGAAUAUGGUGUCCAACUCCCAUGGAAUUUUUUUUGUACCUUGAGGUUUUGGAAGAGAAAGAGCAGAAAACCCAUCCUUGGUGGUGGCGAUAAACAUUAUUUUGGGGAUGGUGUGUGGAAAAAUGAUCACUCAAAUGAAGGAAAAAAAUAUUUUGAGCCUGCAAUUGAGUCUGUUAGCUCAGAUCUGAAACAGCAAGAAUAUGAUGGGCGUUGUAUACAGAUAAGGAACCUGCAGAAGGUUUACAAGACUCCAAAGGGAAAAUGCUGUGCUGUAAAUGAUCUGGAACUAUCAUUAUAUGAAAAUCAAAUUCUUGCUCUUCUUGGCCACAAUGGAGCUGGGAAAAGUACUACAAUAGCAAUGCUAGUUGGCCUGCUUCCUCCAACUUUUGGCGAUGCCCUUGUAUUUGGGAAGAGCAUUCUGACUGACAUGGAAAAAAUACGGAAGCAGCUUGGUGUUUGUCCUCAACAUGACAUUCUCUUCCCCGAAUUAACAGUCAAGGAGCAUUUAGAAAUUUUUGGUGUCUUGAAGGGUAUUGAGGACGAUGUGUUGGGGAUUGAUGUCGAUGAAAUGAUCAAUGAAAUUGGUCUACAUGAUAAAAAGAACACAGUUGUGAGAGCAUUAUCUGGAGGAAUGAAGAGGAAACUGUCUUUGGCAAUUGCUCUUAUAGGAAACAGUAAGGUGGUGAUUCUAGACGAACCAACUAGUGGAAUGGAUCCCUAUUCAAUGCGCUCAACAUGGCAAUUGAUCAAACGGUUUAAGAAAGGGAGAGUGAUUUUACUAACUACUCAUUCUAUGGAUGAGGCUGACGUAUUAGGUGAUCGCAUAGCUAUAAUGGCAAAUGGUUCCUUGCGAUGUUGUGGCAGUUCUCCUUUUCUGAAGCAUCGCUAUGGUGUGGGUUACACUCUAACACUAGUAAAGAAAUUACAGUGUGCAUCAGCAGCUGCUGAUAUUGUUUUUCGCCAUGUGCCUUCUGCAACUCUUCUUACUGAUGUUGGGUCAGAGUUGUCAUUCCGUCUUCCACUUGCAUCAGCUUCAUCUUUUGAAGGCCUCUUUAGGGAGAUUGAGGAUUGUAUUGAAAGCAGAUGUAAUUCUACAGUUAUAGAAAGGAAGAAUACUGCCAUUGAAAAAUAUCAUUGUAUUGAGAGUUAUGGCAUUUCUGUCACGACAUUGGAAGAGGUAUUCUUGAGGGUUGCUGGGUGUGACUGUGACAAAAAUGAACCUUACGUGUCUGUUAAAGACAAUGUUGAUGUGGAAGAAAUAUUGGAACCUUGCUUUGAAUCUGGAGAUGAAAAGGUUUGCAAUGUAAAGGGCGACAGAUGGUUGUCAACAAAAACAGCCAAAAAGAUAUUCUCUGCAGUCUGUAGCUCGUUUGUACUAAUAUUCUCUACAUUUUGCAGUAUUCUAGGUCUAUGUAGAACUCAAAACCACUAUGCAGUGGAUGAUGCAGAAAGCCCUUCUUUUUGGGAACAUUUUAAAGCUCUUGUUAUUAAACGUGCAAUAUGUGCCAGAAGAGAUAAAAGGACCAUUGCAUUCCAGCUUCUUGUACCAGCAUUGUUUUUGUUUCUUGGGCUGUUUUUGUUAAAGCUUAAGCCACAUCCAGAUCAAAUUUGUGUUACGCUAACAACUGAUAACUUCAAUCCUCUUCUUCGAAGUGGUGGAGGUGGUGGGCCAAUUUCAUUCAAUCUCUCUUUGCCAAUCGCACAUGAGGUUGAAAGUAACGUCAAAGGAGGAUGGAUUCAAAGAGAAAAACCAUGCACAUACAAAUUUCCAAAUGCAGAGCAGGCAAUGGCUGAUGCCAUUUAUAUAGCAGGUCCUCAGUUAGGACCAAGUCUAUUGUCGAUGAGUGAAUACCUUAUCACUAGCCUAAACGAGUCAUAUCAAUCAAGGUACGGUGCUGUAGUAAUGCAUGAGCCAAAUGUUGAUGGGAGUUUAGGUUACACAGUGCUACACAAUACUACUUGUCAGCAUGCAGCCCCAACUUAUAUCAAUGUUAUGAAUAGUGCGAUUCUGAGGCUUGCAACUCAUCAACCAAAUAUGACAAUUCGAACUCGAAAUCAUCCAUUGCCUAUGACAGAAUCACAGCAUGGUCAACAUCAUGAUUUGGAUGCCUUUUCAGCUGCAAUAAUUGUCACCAUUGCUUUCUCUUUCAUACCUUCAUCUUUUGCUGUGCCGAUUGUAAAGGAACGUGAGGUCAAAGCAAAGCACCAACAAAUCAUUAGUGGGGUGUCUCUUCUGGCUUACUGGAUCUCAACAUAUGUAUGGGAUUUCAUCAGCUACCUACUUCCAGCAUCUCUUGCAAUGCUUUUCUUCUAUAUUUUUGGUUUAGAGCAGUUUGUUGGCAGGGAUAAUUUUGGACCAACAUUAUUCAUGUUGCUGGGAUAUGGACCAGCAGUUGCAGCUUCAACAUAUGCUCUCACAUUUUUCUUUACUGAUUAUUCUGUUGCACAAAAUGUGGUCUUGCUAGUACAGUUUUUUAGUGGCCUUGUCCUUAUGAUCAUUUCAUUUAUUAUGGGUCUCAUCCGUGCAACCAAACAUACAAACAGAUUGCUAAAGAAUUUUUUUAGGUUGUCACCAGGAUUCUGCCUGGCCGAUGGACUUGCAUCACUUGCAUUACGAAGGCAAGGAAUGAAGUUCCAAUCUGGUGAAGAACCUUUGGACUGGAAUGUUACUGGUGCAUCAAUAUGUUACUUGAUGUUGGAGAGCAUUAUAUAUUUCAUGCUUGUGAUGGGAUUUGAUCUUCUGCCUUCCAUGCGUGUCUGUUGGACUCCAGUAAAAUCUUGGUUUACACAGAAGAUGGAUAGUAGGCAUUAUUCAGGAUUGCCCAAUGGCAUAACAGAACCUUUCAUCAUAUCUACUGUUGAAUCACAUGCUUCAGUGCUUGAAGAUGAGGAUGAAGAUGUCCGAGCAGAGCGGUUGAGAGUUUUAUCCGGUCAAGCUACAGAUAGUAUUAUCUACUUGAAAAAUCUCAGAAAGGUUUAUCCAGGACGUGCAAAUCAGCCAGCGAAGGUUGCAGUUCAGUCCUUAAGUUUUUCUGUUCAUGAAGGGGAGUGUUUUGGUUUUCUUGGUACAAAUGGCGCUGGAAAGAGUACAACAUUGUCAAUGCUUUCUGGUGAGGGAUAUCCAACAGAAGGAACUGCAUACAUUUUUGGCAAGGAUAUUCUUUCAAAUCCAAAGGCUUCACAUCAACAAGUAGGAUAUUGCCCCCAGUUUGAUGCUCUUCUUGAGUUGCUUACUGUUCGAGAACACCUGGAGCUCUAUGCUAGGAUAAAGAGAGUUCCGAAAUCCAAGUUUGAUAAAGUUGUUGAAGACAAGCUGACAGAAUUUGAUUUAUGGCCACAAGUGAACAAACCUUCUUGCUCUCUCAGUGGUGGUAACAAACGCAAAUUAUCAGUGGCCAUAGCAAUGAUUGGAGACCCACCUCUAGUUUUUCUAGAUGAACCUUCAACAGGUAUGGAUCCUAUUGCAAAACGCUUUAUGUGGGAUGUCAUCUCCCGUAUAUCAACUAGACAAGGGAAAACAGCAGUCAUCUUGACAACCCACAGCAUGAAUGAAGCACAGGCACUUUGCACACGCAUUGGAAUUAUGGUUGAAGGCCAAUUAUGUUGUCUUGGAAGCCCUCAGCAUUUGAAAACACGCUUUGGCAACUAUCUUGAAUUGGAGGUAAAACCUAUGGAUGUUAGUACGAUAGAACUAGAUAACUUGUGUAGUCUGGUACAGGAUAUGUUAUUUGAUUUCCCAUGCCAUUCAAGAAGCAUCUUGAGUGAUUUGGAAAGUUGUAUUGGAGGAUCAGAUGCUGGCCCAUCUAAUCUUUUAACAGAAACCACUCUAUCACAAGAUAUCAUCAUAGCUGCAGGAAGUAUGCUAGGACAUGAGGAAUAUGUACAAGCCCUUAUCACAAAUAGUCCUUGCACUGAUGGAGUUUUUAGUGAGCAGUUAUCAGAACAGUUGUCCCGUGAUGGUGGCAUUCCUUUGAAAGUUUUUUGCGAAUGGUGGCUAACCAAAGAGCGUGUAGCCAAAAUUGACUCUUUUGUCUUUUCAUCAUUUCCUGGUGCAACAUUUCAAGGACGCAAUGGUUACAAUCUUAGUUAUCAGCUCCCAUACCAAUCUGAGGCAUCUCUUGCUGAUAUAUUUGGUCAUUUGGAACGCAACAGGGAAAUAACUGGUAUUGCUGAGUACAGCAUUGGUCAGUCAACUUUGGAAACAAUAUUCAAUCAUUUUGCAGCAAAAUCCAGCAAGGAAGCCUAGGGUAUCACAUCUCAUGUGUAUAGAAUAUACUACUAUGUGUAUAUCUGGCUCAAAUAGGAGAUUUUUUUCAACAUGAAUAAUUGAUUCAAAUGCAUGUGAAUCAGUACAUUAUAGUUUGUAGUUGUAAAUAUUCAAGAUAAGAUAUAAUAUGUAACCUACACCCGAAAAAAGAGGAGAGGUUACAACAAUUUUUGUCAACAAAGCAUUGUUCUUAGCACAGUGACUCAUUCAAUGUUGAUAGUAAUGCCCCUACAAACUGGACUCUGUACAAAAGUCUGAAGUGAUCAUAUCAUCACUUUAGAUUGUUCUUCUUUUACAAUAUUAGCAGUGCCAUAUUCUCCCAUUUAAUUAA